GUAACGAGCGCAAGCGCGUUAGCUUCCUUGAACUGGUCUGUAUAAUAUUGUCAUUAGUAUCAAGCGAGCAUUCAAACAUUAAUGAUGCGAAAGGGGGAGCACAAGAAGAAAAUAGUCGCGAAGACAUAUGAAUUCGAGCAAUACGUGAACCUCAGUAUUCAAUGGACCCGAUGGAUCUUGAAGUCGAUCGGGCUCUGGCCAAACUCACGAUCCACGAUGAACAAAUACAUUUACAGGCUGAUAAACAUUCUGUGUUACAGUUUGAUCAUUUACCUGGUUGUACCGUGCAGUCUUUACGUAUUCCUCGAAGUGAAGGACGUCUAUGAUAAAAUUAAACUCCUUGGUCCGUUGAACUUUUGCGUGAUGGCGUUUCUCAAGUACUACUUGCUUAACAUUCACGAGGAAGACAUCCGCGAGUGCGUCGAACGCAUCGAAUGGGACUGGAAGAACCUCACAUACUCUAAGGACAGGGAAGUGAUGAUAGAAAAUGCCAAUUUCGGCAGGAAGUUGGUCAUCGUUUGCGUAUUUUUUAUGUACAGUGGGUUCGCAUUUUAUUACAUAGCUCUACCGAUCAGCGUAGGCAAAAUUCCAGCGCAGGAUCAAAAUCUGACGUUCAUACCGAUGCUGUUCCCAUUUUCAAAAUUCAUCAUAGACACUCGCAACAGUCCAAUAAACGAGCUUUGCUUUUCGUUUCAAGUGUUAGCCGGUGCGCUGUUGCACAGUAUAACUGCGGCUGCUUGCAGUUUAGCUGCCGUAUUGGCGGUUCAUUCUUGCGCCCAGAUGCAAGUGCUAAUAAACUGGCUGAAUCAUUUGAUCGACGGCCGAUCAGACAUGGAAGACGAUGUAGAUAGGAGACUAGCUAUGAUCGUUAACCAGCAUGUUCAAUUAUUGCAAUUUUUAGCGCUCAUAAAGAAAACGCUUGAAUCGGUAUCAUUUGUAGAAUUCUUAGGAUCCAUGCUAAACAUAUGUCUUCUCGGAUACUACAUUAUUAUGGAGUCGAAUUCGAAUCAUUUAACCAGUACAAUGACAUUCCUCGUAAUACUCAUAUCCCUUAUAUUCAAUAUCUUCAUAUAUUGCUACAUCGGUGAAUUGGUGGCUGAACAGGUAAACUUAAAGCGUUCAUGGCCAAUGGAAGCAACGAUUGUGUUUUUAUUUCUAUUUUCACCUAAUGGCUUUUGUCAGUGUAAACAAAUUGGGGAAGUAUCUUACAUGGUCAAUUGGUAUAAAUUGAGAGGAAGCAAAAAACUCCCUGUCAUUUUAAUUAUUGCAAUGGCCAAUUCGUCCGUGAAACUUACUGCCGGAAAUAUAGUCGACUUGUGUCUAACUACAUUCAGUGACGUCGUUAAAACAGCUGUUGCAUUUUUGAACGUUUUACGAACAGUGACGUAAACAUUCUUUAUUGUAAAAUGAUUAUUAUACGAAACAGUAUAUCAAAUUUCAAAUGAAACUUGUUGUACGUACUGCAUUACACUCUUUGUUGAAGUCUUAAUAAAAAUAAUGUAUUGAAAUUAUCUCAUAAUUUUAUUGCAAUCACUAAUGAAAAUUCA